AUGCAUCAGCAGCUGGGCUCUGAUAUGGUAACCUCCCCUUCCUUUUCGGAUAUGAAGCAUCAUGUUCCGAACGAGGGAAUCAACGUUGAGGCUUCCGCCCAGCCUGGCCAAGUGGGAAUCAGGAUUGCAUGCAUGCGCUGCGCUGGGUGCGAUGCGGGAACGUGA